AUGCCACGAAUGUAUGAGACACAUGUCACAGAGGCAGACACCUAUUCUCAUCGUGGACGUAGUCCAUCUGUCGGCAGCCAACGCUCAGUCGGCUCAUACCAGAGCGCUGGUUCUGUGGAUUCUUACGAUAGGGACCCUUCCCCUAUGCCUCGCCAGAGCGGCCCUCAUCCACGAGGACAUCUUCGCUCAUCAAACCGAUCUAUUAGUCCCCCGUCUCCAACUGUUCGUGGGCGAGACACAUCUACGACUCUGACGCGUCAUUCUCACGAUUCCCGUCAAGAAUCUCAACCAUCACCGAAUGCAGCUCUGUUGGACCCUGACGCUAAAUUUUCCGUAAAUCUACCAGAACAUGUUGGUGAGAUUGUGAAAGUAAUCUUGAACGAUUUCAAAGAGGCAGGAAACAAGGGAGAAGCCGACCAAUGGAUGAAAAAACUUCUUGACAACGCUAGCCGAGGAUCGCUCCAACGUAUCGACGCUCGCCUCCAACGCGACUGCUCGCACGACGCGGUGGCAGAUGCUGCGGAUAUCAUCGGCGCAUAUGCGAAGGGGUGGAUAGUAGACCCGGAUGCACCACAUGCACAUCCAAAAGGCUCUGAUUCUGAUGCAGACGAGCGAGACCCUGGUCACAAUGGUAGGAGCAGCCGUCAUUCGGGUGGCACAAGCUCUGUUCGAUCAUCUCAUCACCAUGAACGCGACGAUAGUCCCCGCGCUAGCAAUAGCAACAACCACGGACGAUCUGAGAUCGUUGCAAACCUUGCCUUUAGCAUUGACUCGAAUGCUUCAACUUCAAGCCGUCGUGGACAAGGGCGUGGCUCACAAGGGAAUCAUGGAUACUCUGAGCGUCAAUCUCAACACAAGUCUAGCUCUCAAUCACAUGGCUCUUCCUCUCGUCGUCAACAACAAAACGAUGACCCUGAACGAUAUGGUGGUUCUCGACGGAGCCGCUAUGACUCCCCGGAAUACGAAUGA